AUUGCUAAUUAAAUCAUAUUUUUAAAUGUUACUAAUUUGCAUAAAAACUAUUAAAUGUUGACAUGCAUUCCAAGUUAAAAUGGACUAUAUCUGGAAAUUUGUGAUUGUGUGUAUCGCGUUACAUCAAGUAUAUUGUUAUCGUAAGCUACUGUGUGAAAAUGAAACCGGAAGUAUAAGAUGUGGAAAGGGGGAAACAAUCCGUAUAAUCCGCGGGAAAUAUGGUCGUUCAGAUGCAGUCACUUGUUGGUCAAAAGAAGGCCAAUUAGGAACUUGUGUUUCGGAGGAUUCGUUGGUGAAGAUAUACGAUCUAUGUAAUAGGAAUAACAACUGUAUAUUAACUGCCUCGGGUGGAGUCUUUGGUAGUGCAUGCUCAAACUCAAGUAGUUAUUUGGAAAUUGAAUAUUUCUGUGAAGGAACUGUUACUGUAUGUGAAGGUAACGUCACAACGAUUGACUGCCCUGACCUCGGAAGGAUGUCAAUUAUAAAUGCUAAUUAUGGGCGGAGGAAUACAGUCACGUGUCCACAUGGACUCAUUCGACAUAACUAUUGUUUGACAAAGUUCUCGGUUGAUGUGUUAUUCAAUGUAUGUGAAAACAAACCGUCUUGUAGAUUUGAUGCUUCAAGUGUUGUGUUCGGUGAUCCGUGUCCUCCUACAUUUAAAUACCUUGAAGCUAUUUAUAGAUGUUUGUAAGAAAAGACCUUUUGAGCCCCUCUAUUGACGGAAU